AUGAUUACCGGUACGGACUUCUACCAUGUGAUGACGGGCAUGGUGCCGUUGUACGUGGCGAUGAUACUGGCGUACUUGUCGGUGAAGUGGUGGAAGAUCUUCACGCCGGACCAGUGCGCAGGGAUCAAUCGCUUCGUGGCGCUCUUUGCGGUGCCGCUCUUGUCGUUCCACUUCAUCGCCGGCAACGAUCCUUAUAAGAUGAAUUAUCGGUUCAUCGGCGCUGACACGUUGUCCAAGGUUAUCGUGCUCGUCAUUUUGGCCGUCUGGAGCAAUCUCAGCCGCCGCAUGUCACUCGAUUGGACCAUCACCAUCUUCUCGCUGGCCACCCUGCCCAACACCCUCGUCAUGGGCAUCCCGCUGCUCGAGGGCAUGUACGGGGAGUACUCCGGCAGCCUCAUGGUCCAGAUCGUGGUGCUGCAGUGCAUCAUCUGGUACACCCUCAUGCUGUUGCUGCUCGAGUACCGGGCCGGCCGGUUGCUGAUCGCGGAGAAGUUCCCGGUCAACGCCGGGGACGUCGCGUCCGUCACCGUGGACCCCGACGUCACGUCGUUGGACGGACACCGUGACAUGCUGGAGACGGAGAGCACGAUCAGGGAGGACGGCAAGAUCCACGUCAAUGUGCGCAAGUCGAGCUCGUCGCUAUCGGGCAGCCUCUCGCGGCGGUCCAUGGAGUUCUCCGACGUCAUGCGCUUCUCGUCCAACCUCACCAACCCCGAGAUCCACUCGAGGCGGUCGUCCAAGAACCCCACGCCCCGAGGCUCCAGCUUCAACAACGCCGACGUCCAACCACGCAGAUCGUCAUUCUCCGUUGUGUUCCCCGUCGCCGGUCCAUCGGAAAUUCAAGAAAUCCGAGUGGAAGUUCCUCCGCGCCACACGGACGGGCGGAAGGAGAACCAGGAGAGCGGGCCCCAAGACGGCGACGAGAUGGUCCAAGAGGCAGCCAUUGGCGCGCUCACGAUAGUGCCGACGACAAUGCCGCCGGCGAGCGUGAUGACGAAGCUGAUCCUCGUCGUGGUGUGGAGGAAGCUGAUCCGUAACCCCAACAACUACGCCAGCCUGAUCGGCCUCGCCUGGUCGCUCGUCUCCUUCAAAUUGCACGUUAACAUGCCUGUGAUUGUGGCGAAAUCCAUCUCCAUCAUGUCGGACACAGGCCUCGGAAUGGCUAUGUUCAGCCUCGGGCUGUUCAUGGGGCUGCAGCCGAGGAUCAUAGCAUGUGGGAAUUUGGCAGCAGCUAUUGCCAUGGCCAUCAGAUUCUUAGCAGGGCCUGCUUUCAUGGCUAUCGCCUCCUUUGCCGUGGGCAUCCGCGGCGAGCUCCUGCGCAUCGCCAUUGUGCAGGCGGCGCUCCCGCAAGGCAUUGUCCCCUUUGUGUUCGCAGAGGAGUACAACCUGCAUGCUGAGAUCCUCAGCACAGCGGUGAUAUUUGGGAUGAUAAUUGCGCUGCCCAUAACAUUGGUGUAUUACGUUAUAGUUGGUCUAGUGUGA